ACUUACUUGUUACGGGAAUCCACCAAACUAUAGUUAAGUAACUUUCUCUAUAUACAUUGGAUUUUUAGUGCGCAUGCGCAUUAAAACCUUGUUUAAUACACUGGUGAGAUUGAGGUGAUCCCUAAUCACACGAGUGGUUGUGUAAAAAAAAUCAGAAUUUGAAUUUGUAACUAUAAAUAAGUAUUUAAAGUUUGUCGUUUUUCUGAAUGAGAAAAUCAGAAUGUGGAGAACAUCAGUUGUUACUGCGUCAGAUCGUAUAUUUCCUGGUUUGGUAUAUCAUGAUCGGAAAAAAGAAUUUUAUGAUAUAGGAAAUCAAAUACAAUCCAAUUUGCCGCUUCAAAUGGCAUUGUAUUUUAAUGUAUGGGUAUAUCCUUUGUGGUUCUUUAUAAUACUUAUUAACUUAGAUGCAAAAUAUUAUUAUUUGACAGAUGUUUAUAAGUUUAUAACUGUAGCAGUAUUUAUUGUUAUAUCAAUAUUGGAAGGUAUAAGAUUAUAUUUGGGAUAUCUUGGAAAUUUAGCAGAGAAGAUUCCAGAACUGGCCAGUUUUUGGCUAAUAUCUACACUCAUACAUUUUCCUUUAGAGAUGUUUCUUCUUUUUGAUAGCAAAACCAAAUCUCAUCUUAGCGAAACAAUUACUAAUAGUAUUAUGGCAUUUUUGCUCGUUAUAGAAAUUAUAACAGCUACCGUAGCUUUAAAAAAAUCGGCAGAUCAUCAUGCUAAAAGGUUUUAUAUCGCGCAGUUAUAUGAAAUUGAAAAUAGUGCACAUUGAUUAAUAUUUAUUUCAUAUAUUAAUAUUUAUUUUAUUGCUUUCAACAUUUGACAAUAUUAUUAUUAAUACGUCGUAAGACUUAACAAAACAUAAAACAGAUGAUAUGUUACAUAUUAAUAACUUUUGUACUUUGUUAAACUACAUAUGUAAGUAAUAUAUAGGAAUAUAUAAUUUUAUAUAAAA